AUGCUCUACCACUUCCACCGUACCCAGAACAAGAAACAGCCGAACUCGUUGCACGCCACAUACCUAGUCACUGGAACCCAGACUCUGUUGCCACAACAAGCAGAAGAUGAUGCUCCAGAGAGCCAAACCCGUCCUGCCCACCAAGAGCCCCGAGGCUAUCAAGCCACAUCGUUGCUUUUGGUAGACGAGGACGACCUCGACAGUCAGUCAGCUCUUUUCAACGCCCACCAGGGACCUAUUUGCUGA